GAUAAAUCGAUAUUACUAACAAACAACAAAUAAAUUUAAGGAAUAUCAAAAAUAAAAAUAAAUGUUUUCCGUUUGACCAUUUCGAAAGCGUCAAGAUGGGAUUCGUUUUGUCGAAAUUUCGGAAGGAAAAAUCGACGGAAGAGGUUCUGGAGGGACUGCAGGUACAGAUCAAAGAAUUGGAGAAAUACAUGAUCAAUACGCAAGAAAGGAAGCGGAGCUUCGUCACAAACUUUCUUGGCAUCACAAUUGGAGCAUACAUAGUCGGCUUUGGACUAUGGUGUUGCUUUUAUUUCCCAACGACAUGGAAAGAGCGCAUCGUGUACUUGGUGCCGCUGCUCCUGUUCCCCAUUAUCAUCGUUUCAAUGAGACAGAUGUUUACGUGGUACUUUCAGCGCAAGCUUAACAAAAAUGGCGAUAAGCUGGGUCAGCUGAAGGAGAAGAAGAAAAAGAUAUUGGAGCAGGUCAUGGACAAAGAGACCUACAAGGUGGCAGUGAAUCUCCUGGAACGCUUUGGCGACAAGAAGCUAAACCAGUCGUUUAGUCGUUCCACUGUAACCCAGCCUCAGCGCACGUCUCAGCCUGCAGCAAAAUUGUCAGGAGCCAGCGCGCAUCAGUUAUCGUUGACUCCAUACAGCAGUGUCUACCGCAACCGCAACGUAAACAACAACAAUCUUAACAGCUCGAUACUGUCGAUGACGUCAGCCUCUAUGGGCGCAGUGCAGGAAAUGCGUCGGCGUACGCCUUUUCCCGUGAUCGAUCAGAACCGGUCACGCAGCGCAGUAGACCGGAUUGUAGACUUUAUUGUAGGAGACACUCCGAUUCGCUACGGCAUGAUCUGCAAAGAGUGCGAUGGCCAUAACGGUAUGCUGCCGGAGGAUGAAUAUGUUUACACUUCAUUUCGUUGUGCCUUUUGCAAUGCCUUGAAUCCAGCUCGCAAGAAGCGACCAGUUGCUCCUCGUCUCUCACUAAAUCAGCAAACACCAACAUCAAACAAUCGCAUCGAUAGCUCCGGCAGCGAUUCUUCAGAUGAUUUCGACUCUGACAAAGAGGAAUUGACGCGCCGGGCUCUGCUACAAGACGCGCCCUUGAAUGACACUGAUAAGGAGGAGGCUGAGGACAAACACAAUACCCAAAGUGCAGCAACGGUGACGGAAAUAGGAGCAACGGAGACUGAAGCUACCGAGGUUGUAGCUAUGGAAACUGAUGAAGUGGUCGACGGAAAAGCCGAAGCUGAGGCUGCAUCGAGCUCCUAAACUAUCGCCAGUAUCAGUUUUAGGAACGAGUUGAGCAACGUUUUUACAUGGUUUGCUUUUUAGUCUACUUAUUUAACAAUUUGUUGGUAAGAUCAUUUGAAAGAUUUACUUAUGUUAGGCCGAAUUUAAAAGAAAAAUGUUAAAAUGAA